AUGAUAUCACGGCAGCCCUACGCGCCGACGCCGCACAGCUAUGUCCCGAACACGACGCUGUCGGCGACCAUCAACCUCGACGAGGAGGUAAAGCUCGCCGAGACGCGCGCCGAGCGCGACCUGCAAGAGUCGCUGGCCGAGCUCUUCAGCAUAAUUGUGACGAUUGAUGAGCUGGAGAAGGCCUUUUUGAAGGAUGCCAUCCCCGAGGCUGAGUAUACUGAGAUAUGUGAGCGCUCGCUCAAGCAGUACAAGUCGCUGUUGGCAGAUGAGACGGUUGCCAGGGCCUUUGGCGGGUUGGAGGAGUUUAAGGCGCAGUGGGACCUCGAAGUCCCCCGUGCGACGGAGCGCAUCCGCGUCGGGAUGCCCGCGACCGCCGUGACGGCCAGCUCCGGGCCUGCCACAGCCUCUACCGCGGCGGCGGCAAACACCAACGGCGCUCUGAUCGUGGAAGCGACGCAAGAUUUCAUCACGUUCCUGGACGCGCUGAAGCUCGGCCUGCUGUCAAAGGACCAGCUCCACCCGCUGCUGACAUACGUGAUCCAGUCGGUCAACAAGGUGACGGACCGGGACUUUGAAAACCGGGGCAAGAUCGUGCAGUGGCUGAUCACGUUGAACCAGAUGAAGGCGACGGAGGAGCUGAGCGAGGAGCAGGCGAGAGAGCUCGAGAUGGACAUCAAUGCUGCAUAUCAGGGUUUCAAGAAUUUACUCUCAUGA